AUGACCCUUUCCGCCGAUGAUGAAAAGCCUCAAGAGCCUUCCUCAACCCUCCCUCAAGAAGAGGCCACAGGACGACAAUCAGGAGUUCAGAAUCAUCACAAAGAUGGGACACCAGCUGGCUUCUCGACAACUUCUCCGUCUCAGGACCAAGAAGCACAACAGCCGCCCGUCCACUCCGUCUUCUCCUCGCGAAUGAAGGUCUUCGUUGUCUUGAUGACCGUGUUCAGCACCCUAUUCUCCCCCUUCUCGUCUUUCAUUUAUAUACCCGCUCUAACUCCCAUUGCGGAAUCAUACCACCGCUCUGUCGCCGAGCUCAACUUCACCGUCACCGUGUACCAAAUCAUGCAGGCAGUGGCACCACUCUUCUUUGGAGACUUGAGUGACCAGAUUGGCCGCCGCCCCGUGUACGUGCUCACAUUUGCCAUAUAUCUCGGAUCCAAUAUUGGGCUGGCGCUGCAGAACAAAUUUGCCGCCCUGAUGGUCCUCCGGGCUCUUCAGAGCACGGGAAGCAGCGCGACUGUCGCCAUUGGCAGUGCAGUGAUGGCCGAUCUGACGACCAGCGCAGAGAGAGGCGGAUAUAUCACCGCGGUGCAGGCGAGUGUCAUGUUUGCCCCCGCGCUCGCUCCUGUCCUGGGUGGUAUCAUGACACAGUUCUUGGGUUGGCGAUCAACCUUUUGGUUUCUCGUCAUCUCGGCGGCGGUUUUUGUUGUCAUCUAUGUCCCCUUUGUUCCGGAGACUGCACGAAGCAUCGUUGGGAAUGGAUCCAUUCCUCCCCCAAGGCUCAAUUGGUCUCUUGCAUCGUCGAGGCAGUGGCGCCAGAAGAAACAAGAGGUCGAGUCUGCCACUCCCGCGAUAGACACACCCCAGCCGGUGAAGAAGCCAUUCAGAAUCCCGGUUCCAAACAUCUUCGCGGCAGUGCGUAUAAUAUUCGAAAAAGAUGUCGGUCCCUUGAUGCUCUUCAUGUCGCUCUUCGUCAUGGCCAACUAUGCAAUGUUGGUCCCGCUGCAGGAUGUGAUUCGCAGGCAGUACGGAUUCAAUGAUCUCCAGGUGGGACUGUGCUACAUCCCCUUUGCCAUUGGAUCGGUUUUCGGGGCUGUUAUUGUUGGACGCAUGCUCAACUGGAACUAUGCCAGGGUGGCUAAGAGCAUUGGUGUCUCGGCGGAUAGGAAGCGAGGCGAUGACCUCCGCAAGUUUCCUAUUGAGAAGGCGAGGCUGGACCUAAUGUGGCCCCCGACGAUACUUGCCAUCAUCACUAUCGUGGUAUGGGGAUGGGUCGUUGACUCUGGCACCAGCCUUGCAGCGCCGAUGGUUGUGCUCUUUUUUGCCGGGAUGGGGCUCUCCGGGCCCGUCUCCAUCCUCAACACUCUUCUGGUGGACUUGUAUCCUAUGAAUCCUGGCAGGGUAUCCUCGUCCUUUAAUCUUACAAGAGCAACUCUGAGCGCUGUUGGGACGGCUGUUGUUCAGUACAUCAUCGAUGCCUGGGGAUAUGGGUGGACCUAUGUCUUUAUGGGGCUGGUCGUAUUGGCAGCUAGCCCUAGCAUAAUAAUUGUCAGGAGAUGGGGACCCAAGUGGAGGGAGGAGAGAUACUGCAGAUUCGAAAAAGCUUAG